AUGCCUGACGGAACGGCUGUCCGAUUGCCUGUUGUGCUAAUCAACGGGAGGUACCCCGGCAAAACACUCUACAUCCAAGCGAUUAGUGACGGAGAUGAACUCAACGGAAUCGCCGUUAUUCACAAAGUGCUCUGUACGAUCGCACCAGAGCAGUUGUAUGGGAAGAUUAUCGCUGUACCGCUCGUCAACUUCCACGCGUUUCACACGAAACAGGCACUGAACCCCGUGGACAACCGCAAAAUGAACCGUUGUUUUCCGGGAAGACGUGACGGCACUUCAAGCGAACGGAUAGCAUAUCAUCUCUUUCAGCGUGCUAUCCAGCAAGCCGAUUACUGCCUCGAUCUGCACCAGGGCGGCGUACACCCGAUGAUCGACGAGGUUCGCGUGCGCGUUGACGAGAAACACGCGCUUCAUGAUGAUUGCCUUGAGUUGGCGCGCGUCUUCGGCAUAGGGCAUAUUCUCAGUCAAAAGGGACCAGAAGGACAACUCGCACAAGCGGCACCAGAGGUCGGCAUUCCAACGAUCGACCCCGAAUUAGGCGGCACCCAUGGGUGGGAUGCCGAGAGCAUCGAAAAGGGUGUGCGCGGCGUGCUCAAUGUACUACAAUAUUAUAAAUUCAUUGCCGGAACACCACAGAUUCCUGAACGGCAAAUUGUUGUCAAACAAUUUGUACCGGUCCUCAGCAAUGAAGGCGGGUUUGUCUAUUACAAAGCGGAAUUAUAUGAACAACUUGCGAUGUAUCAACCGGUAGCUGACAUCUGCGAUGUCUUUGGCAAUGUGCGGGAAUCCAUCCGUGCGCCAGUCGAUGGUAUUUUCUGGGCAAAGCCCAUCUAUCCAAUGGUCGCGAGCGGUGGUAUCGUCGGCAAAAUCGGCACACCGAUCGAAUAUCUCUAA